AUGACCACUUACGACGAGUAUGGCAUUCCCGUCGGCGCAUACUCAGAACCCGAGAGCUUGACACACCAAGCAUGGCGGUUGGGCAGAGCCUUCUUUCUAUAUCGCAUACGACCUGCUGUGCAGGGAAAGAGAAAUGAGCUGCGAAGUGGGAAUUGGAGCUUUAAGCGGCUCUUUACCCUCGUGAACGGGCUGGUGCUGCUGUGGUGGGUGGUUCUGUACUGGGGCGAGAGAGGUAUCUUCAACAGCGCCGUCGAGAGCUGCCACUGGGACAAGUGGGAGGACUGGGAAACCGGCGCAAACCCUCACAGACUCAUCUUCGUCGCCGAUCCGCAACUCAUAGAUCCGCACACCUACCCCGGCCGCCCGUGGCCCCUCAAUCCUCUAGCCUACAAAUACACCGAUCUGUACCUCCGUCGCACCUAUUCUCGCUUCCAGACCGUCCUAUACCCCGACACUAUCUUCUUCCUCGGCGAUCUCUUCGACGGUGGCCGCGAAUGGUCUACGCGCACAACUACCUCGCCGGAGAAGCAGUACCGCAAAUAUGGCGACGACUUUUGGAUGAACGAGUACAGAAGAUUCGGGAACAUCUUCUUCAAGCACUGGGGUGAUGGCGGCAUGCAGGCGAGACCAGGACAGCCUGGACGGAAGCUCAUAAGCAGUCUACCUGGUAACCAUGACCUGGGAUUUGCCAAAGGAGUACAAGAAGGCGUCCGAAACCGAUUUGAAGCCUACUUUGGCGACGGCAACCGAAUCGACGUCAUCGCAAACCACACCUUCGUCUCAAUCGACAGCGUCUCCCUGAGCGCAUUCGGCCAGGAAUCUCCCGAACAAGUCGAAAAGAUAUGGCGCCCUACGAAAGAAUUCCUCUCCGACGCAAAGAAGCGCAAAAAGCGCCUCAUCCAACGCGAACUACGAGCGCAACAGGGCCUGCGACCCUAUCCAGGCAUGCCACACCACGCAAUCUCCGCGCAAGACCUCGCAACCUCCCCCCUCCCCCACGCCAACGACGACAUCACCGAAUUUCCCACCAUUCUCCUAACCCACGUGCCCCUCUACCGCGCCCCAGGCACACCCUGCGGCCCCCUCCGCGAACACUGGCCCCCGACGCCUCCCCCACCGGGCCAACCUCCCCUCGACCACGACGACCGAAACGCCAUAUCUGUCCGCGGCGGCUACCAAUACCAAAACGUGCUCAACCGCGAGAUCACCGCUGAUAUCGCUGAGAAGGUCGGUGAUAUCCGGUAUGCUUUCUCAGGCGACGACCACGACUACUGCGAGUUGGUGCAUAAAGCGUAUACCAGUGCUGGCGGCGGCAUACGCGAGAUCACGGUCAAAAGCAUUAGCUGGGCUAUGGGCGUCAGGCUUCCCGGUGUUGUGCUGGUUAGUCUGUGGAAUCCAGUUGAUACGCUUGGGAAGCCGUUGAAUGGGGGGGGUGCGAGUAAGACGAUUCAAACGAAGUUGUGUCUGCUGCCUGACCAGAUUGGCACGUUUCUGAGAUACGGAAGUCUGUUCGGACUAACGCUGUUGCUGCUGUUCGUUCGCGCGGCGGGCGUUAUGCUAGGCGUUGUCUCGAAUGGCGAGGACGAAAAGGCGGAAAGUCCGUUAUUGCCUACUACCAACACUCCCGCUACUACCUUGGAAAAGGAAUCCCAUUCCUCUAACUCAUCGACCUCCUCUGAACGAAACGGCAACCUAUCCGCUCGAGCGACUACUCAAACACGAACCCAACACCAACAACAGCAACAGUCGAAAUACCAACUCCCCUUGAUCCAACACGCCGGCUACGAUCCCGCCAAAGACUUCGACGUCGACGACGAUGCGGGAGAUAAGAAGGUCAGAGUCUACGGCGCGAGUACCAAAGUAUCCAAGAAGCCGCGGAAACGGAGAAAGGGAUUAGCACUGUUUUGGUGGGAACUCAGGACGAGUUUGAGGACGGUGGUAGUGCUGGGGGGCGUGUGGUAUGUGUUUUUGGUGUGGAGGGGAUGA